GAAACUCGUCGACGGCAACAUCCCGCCGUGUGUUCUGACCCCAUCCUCAUACCUCUCUGAUGUGCCGAGCGCGUGCAGCUGGUGCCAACAAACGACACCCAGCAAGAUGGCGAUUGUGAGGCUCCUCGUUUGUUUUGUGUUGUACGCCAUCCUGGGCCACGUUCCAUCAUCGCUCGGGGUAAUCCUCCGGACCACGGACAAGAUUGUUUGGGCAAAUGAGUUUGAGCCCGUCGAACUGACCUGUCUGAUAGAGUCCAUCUCAACAAACAACCCUCGGAUAGAAUGGAAAAAGAUAAAAAACGGCAACCCCAGUUACGUCUACUUUCAGAACAAGAUCUCAGGGGACUUGGAGAACAGAGCUCAGCUCAGAGAGCCAGCCAACAUUCUGAUCUUCAACACGUCUCGAAAGGACACAGCAGAGUACCGCUGCGAGGUGGCCGCCAUCGAAGAUCAGAGGGACUUUGAUGAGAUUCUUAUUAGUCUCGCAGUUAGAGUGAAACCUGUGGUGCCGCGGUGCAGCAUCCCAGAGAGCGUCACCGUCGGAACGUCAACUGAGCUGAGGUGUUUGGAGAACGAGGGCUUCCCCACUCCUCAGUACCGCUGGUUUCACAACAGUGAAGAACUUCCUCAGGAUCCCAAAAACAGCCAGAAAUAUGCCAACUUCUCCUACACCAUCAACCCCGACACUGGAAGCCUGAAAUUUCGACGGGUGAGGAAAGACGACGCAGGCGAGUACUACUGCCAGGCGAAGAACGAUGCAGGACAUGCACAGUGCCAACCGCAAAUGAUGGAAGUUUGUGAUGUUGACAUACUUGGAUAUUUCCUCAAGACCUUCGGUGGAGUGACCGUGUUAUUCUGUUUAUUUGCUUCGGUUUAUUCCAUCAGACGACUGCACUUUCACCAGAAAAGCCACAGUGGAAACAACUACAACUGGUCACCACGGAAUGGUGCUGUUGACUAUGGCGACGCAGAUGAGGGUCAUUUUCGCCACAAGUCGUCCUUCGUCAUAUGACAGCUGAGAACCCAAACAAGGCAAACAUCAACAUUUCUGAGGUUAACUUGCAACAACAAUCCUCGUGUUAAUAAAGUUUAUGGUGAAACAUGGCACAUUUCUCUCUGACGCACAGAAAAACCUGUUCAACUGACUUGCCAAAGUAUCAAAUAAAUUUGUGGCACCAAAUAUUUGUUUAUGCCGCGGAUCCGUUUUAUUUUUCUCCUCUUUGUACAGAUUUGUUAAAACAAGGUUUUUUUAACUCUUUUAUUCAUUUUUUUUUUUACUCAUUGUCCGACAAAAUUGUAUCUUACAAUGGAGGCAUUUCAAAGCUGUGAAGUUUGAUGUUUGGCCACUCCGUGGUAUCACAAGUUACUGUACGCUGCAUCCCUCACCUGUUUUUCGAACAAAUCCUUUUUUAGUACAUUUUUUACAGAGCAGAGUUGUUUUAAAGAAGCCGUUUACAUUCUUUGAGAUGAGACCUGUCUCGUAUGCUGAAGUGGAGUUUGUAUAAACUGUAGAUAUGAGAGCAUUUAGAAGCAGACUGAUCACAUCAAACAAAAGGCACAUUUUAAUAUACAGUAGUCUACAAAUACGUCUAAG